ACUCGCUGUGGCCCCGUGUGCCCGAUCUAGGCAUGAGUGUGCUAGAACCCUUCCGUUCUGACACUUGCAGCCUGGGGGUAUUCCAGGCUAGUCACAGGACGGUCAUUCUAGGUCCACACCUUGCCCUGCUCAAGUUUAGCAGUGUGUGGGCCCCAGAGGUCACUGAGGUCACCAGACUGAGUGGCCAGGCUGGAUAGAUGUCAACAGGAGGCCCUCAGAACAGCCCAGGCUGGGCUGUUAUACCUUGUAGUGUGAAUCCCUCAUAUCUUCCCACCAAAACACGGAGGGUCUCCUACACGGAAGUGUGAGCCUUGCUGCCUGACCUCAGGACAGCCUGGCUGGGCUGUGUCCUGGGACAGCAGGCAGUAGGGCGGGACUGAGGUCCCGGAGGUUGGGCCUUCCUGGAGGGCACGGCCUAGACAGAUCACUGAGUCUUGGGCUUCACACUAAGGACAAAGGACCACAAAGGAAGAAGAGCCAGGAAGCAGGAAGUCUGGGCACCCUGCAUUUAUUACACCGGCUUUCCGUCUGAAUGGUGUCAGCCAUCCCUUCCCUGUGGUCGAUGGGAGGCCCACCCUGCCUCUGACCUCUGACCUCUGCCCUCCACAGCUUCAGUUUGGACUGCCUGAGCAAACCCCUGCUCGUCCCUUGCUCAAAGUCUGGGCCACCAAGUGUUCUCUGGCCUGUCCAUGACCCUUGGAGACUGGGAGUGUCGGGCACGCCUGUGUGCUGGGGGCCCAGCAUGCCUGUCCAGAGUGAUCAGCCAGAGCAGGAGGGAGACCUAGGAAGGAACUGGCUUGGGAGGGGCACCCAGGGUGGUAGGGGUGCUCAGCCCCGAUAAGUGCAGGAGGCUGGAUAAGUGGACAGGGGGUGGUAGGAUAGGGCAGUGAUGGAGGGUCCGGCCACACUCAGUCAUCUUCAGGAAGCUGCGGGUGGAGGCCACUCAAGUGACAAAGGACUGACUUCCUGGUCCAGAGGGUGGGUGAGUGUUCACCGUAAAGGCCAUCUGUGGUGUGGCCCCACAUGUGUGGGGUUGCAGAAGGCUCCUGUAGGAGGCUUUCCUUUGGUUAUCUGGUACUCUGUCAUUGACACAGAGGAGCCUGGAGAUACAGACACGUUCUGCCAAGCCCAAUGACCUGAGCUGACUUCUGGGACCCAUGAGCCAGAGCGAGAACCAGCUAUGCUGUGGUGUAGGGUUAGGGUGCAUUAGGGACUGGGCUACUCAUAGAGGUCACUCAGGUGACUGGCCUAGGCAAGGCCAGGGAUGGUUGAAUGGUCACAGAGAUGGCCUCUGAGGUCAUCGUUAAAGGAUGCGGAGGCCAGGCUAUCAGGCAGCUGUCAGGGGCACCCCACUGCCUAGCAGGUGACACUGCCCUGUUUUCCUGGACCCAGGCUGCUGACUAAGGAACCCCUUCCCGUUCGGCCCCUCCUCGCACUUCCACACGCGGGCGCCCCCAGGCGGAAGCACCAGGCCAGCAGGAAAGGGGGCGGAGCAGGGAAGCGGGCCAGACUCUCCCCCAAUCCCCAUCCUAAUGUGAGGUGCACCUCAGUACUUGGGAAGGUAGGAGUUACCCAAGCCGGUGGCACCCGCGAGCCACUGCUCUGUGGGUGCCGAGAAGCCCUAGGGCCGGGUGUCCCAGUCCCAAGCUAGCAGGCGGGGGGUGGGGGAGAUGCGUCACCAUAGCCCGGCCCCCCGCCCCUUGCCCGCCCAAACUCCACCCCAGGGAAGGCGGCGCGGAUAAAGGCUCAGGGGCCGCCCGGCCGGCCCCAGACCGGCACGGCCACCUCUCACCACGACCCAUACGCAGGUCGUCUGGAGCAGUGGUGACACAGGACCUACGGCACCCGAUCUUGAGAGCAGCGGCUGCGGCUGUUGCUAAGGGAAGGGACGCGCGGGGUAGCACGACCCGAGAGGGAUCCAGGCACCGUGCGAACCAGGAUAGCUCGCCCCGUUUCUGUUGGACCCUCCCCGUGCCGUACCCUGGUCGCUGUCAAACGCCCUAGAAACCGGAUCGCAGACCCCACCCCGGGGCGCAACCCAAGGAUCCCACGCGACCCCGAGCACCAUUCGGAUUCUUGAUUGCCGGCUCUAUUGCUAACGUUGGGACCUUCCCCAAGGGGCGCACGCACUGCUCUUGUCCCUGGGCGCCCACGGAGCAGAGGAGGACCUUGUUUUGGCGGGGGAGUCCCGGCAAGGAUUGGAGGCGACCCGCAGGCCCCCAGUUAUCCUGCGCGCGCCGGGGAUGGAGCCGCAGCCCGGCGGCGCCCGGAGCUGCCGGCGCGGGGCCCCCGGUGGCGCCUGCGAGCUGAGCACGACCGCGGAAUCGGCCGCACCCAUGAGCCUGGCGAUCCACAGCACUACGGGGACCCGCUACGACCUUUCGGUGCCCCACGACGAGACCGUGGAGGGGCUGCGCAAAAGGCUGUCCCAACGCCUCAAAGUACCCAAGGAACGCCUGGCGCUGCUUCACAAAGACACCCGGCUCAGUUCGGGGAAGCUGCAGGAAUUCGGCGUGGGGGAUGGGAGCAAGUUGACGCUCGUGCCCACGGUGGAAGCUGGCCUCAUGUCCCAGGCCUCGAGGCCGGAGCAGUCCGUUAUGCAAGCCCUGGAAAGUUUGACUGAGACCCAGCCCCCAGCGACACCCGGGCCAGGCCGGGCUGCCGGAGGAGGCUUCCGGAAAUACAGAUUGAUUUUAUUUAAGCGUCCGUGGCACCGACAGGGACCCCAGAGCCCAGAGAGGGGCGGCGAGAGGCCCCAGGUCAGUGACUUUUUGUCAGGCCGAUCGCCUUUGACCCUGGCCCUGCGAGUUGGGGAUCACAUGAUGUUUGUACAAUUGCAACUGGCAGCCCAACACGCCCCACUCCAGCACCGCCAUGUGCUGGCCGCGGCUGCCGCAGCUGCUGCCGCUGCCCGGGGAGAUUCCAGCAUAGCUACCCCAGUAUCCUCACCUUGUCGGCCCGUGUCCAGUGCCGCCCGUGUCCCCCCAGUAUCCAGCAGCCCUUCUUCGCCUGUGUCCCCCUCACCUGUCACCGCUGGCACCUUCCAAUCCCAUGCAGCCUCCACGACUUGUCCUGAGACGGACUGUUCUCCACCCGCCAGCAGCAACACCACAUCCACCCCAGGCAGCAGCCCCACCCCCCGAUCCCGCAAACCCGGUGCAGUCAUUGAGAGCUUCGUGAACCACGCUCCAGGGGUCUUCUCAGGGACCUUCUCUGGCACACUGCACCCCAACUGCCAGGAUAGUAGUGGGCGGCCUCGGCGUGACAUCGGCACCAUUCUGCAGAUACUCAAUGACCUCCUAAGUGCCACAAGGCAUUACCAGGGCAUGCCGGCCUCACUGACCCAGCUCCGCUGCCACGCGCAGUGCUCACCUGCCUCACCAGCCCCUGACCUCACCCCCAAAACUACCUCCUGUGAAAAGCUGGCAACCCCAUCACUGCUCCAGGGCCAGAGCCAGAUCCGAAUGUGCAAGCCCCCUGGAGACCGUCUGCGACAGACAGAGAACCGUGCCACACGCUGCAAAGUGGAACGCCUCCAGCUCCUGCUGCAGCAGAAGCGCCUGCGAAGGAAGGCACGGCGGGACGCCCGGGGUCCUUACCACUGGACCCCAAGCCGCAAAGCUGGUCGUAGUGACAGCAGCAGCAGUGGGGGUGGAGGUAGCCCCAGCGAGGCCACAGGCUUGGGCCUCGACUUCGAGGACUCCGUUUGGAAGCCUGAAGUCAACCCAGACAUCCAGUCCGAGUUUGUGGUGGCUUAAAGAAUCCCCUUGGGCCUGAACAUCCUCUACCCCAUACACGGGGCAGGAGGACGACACAGACUGGACGCUGAGCGGCCCAGCUCUGGGGGGGAGGGGCAGGAGGUCACCUCCAUUGCCACUUACCAGCCUUUCUGAUUCUUUUUUAGCUCCUCCCCUGGUUGUCUACCCUGCAUCCCUGGUCACGUGCCCACCUGUCUUUCUUCCCUUACCAUGGUCAGGGCCUCUGAGACAGGGCCCUUCCCUCCCACCUUCUCCAGUUCCAAAUAUGUAGCAGUCUGUUCCCAGAUGGCCCAGACGGAGGAAGCCACCCACCCCAGCCCUUCCGCUCUGCCUAGCUCUCCCCACCCCCUUCCAUAACCCAAUUCAGGUUUUUAAACUCAAUGUAGAUUCUCCAAGCACUUUACAGAUGAGGGUUGGGGACCCCAGGAUGAGUGCGCCCCCCUCCCCUUCCCCUCUGCAGACUUGGCCACCAUUCCAGGCCAGCUGGCUCCCCCACCCCUCCCAUCCCGGAAAGCUACUAGAUACACUCACAGAGGAUACCUUUGUCCACAAUGCCCACUUAACUCACAGCCUUCCUCCUGCCUCGGUCUCCCAAGUGCUACAAUGACAGGCUUUGCCACUAUGCCUGGCCGCCCUUGCUCUUGCCACAAGCUAAUUCGAUGGAGACUGCUGGAGCAGGGGGGCUGUUUGUUAGUCAGGUGGGGGAUGCUCCUUUUCCUCAUGAGAGGAGGCUAGGCCUCGCACCACCCUCCCUGGACACUGGCCUCUUGGUCUCCUCCCUCCACACACCCACUUAUUUCCCUAACCUUCCUUCCCAAUGGGGCUUGAGGGACUAUUUAUAGACUUCAUUUUUCUGACUGAGCCAGUAAUGGUUUCUAUCCUCUAGGGGAAAGAAAAGAAACUGGGGUAGCUUGUAGGAGGAGGGGCCCAGAGAGACACCCCUGUACCUCUUCUCUAGUCCCAGCCUGCAGCUGGGGAUGGGAAGAGAGGUGCUGAGCUGUGACUGCAUUAACCCCACCCUGGGGAGGGCGGGCGCACUGCUGAUCCACAUUGGCUCCAUGGAUGAGAGCCCUCCCCUCGGAUUGGGGCCCAUACAGCAGGGGUGAUCUUGUGGGGUUUUUUUCCUCCACAUUUUGAGAUUUUUGUGAUAAAUGGGAUGUGUGCCCACCCCUGAUGCCUGUCCACGUUGUCUAGACUCCACCUGUCCACGGUUCCUUUGAUCUAGGCUGUGAACCCAUCCUUGUCUUCCCCCACUGUGUGUUUAAACCGUUAAUGGUUUGGGAUGUGAACGUGUGUUGACUAGCUGUAAAGGUUUUUGGGGUGGGUGGGUGGGAAAGGGAUCCUGAAUGGUAGAGGCCAAGUGAGAAUUCGGUUUGGUUUUUUGUUUUGUUUUUUUUUUUCUAUUUUUUUUCCCAAAAAGAAAAGGGAGGGGGGAAAGUGGGUGCAUUUUUUAAGCUGUCUUGAAAUACCUAUUUAAAUGUGUGUUUUGGUUUUUUUAGGAUUUUUUUUUAAGCUGCCUGUGAUAUGUCCGCUGGGCUGAGGGUGGAGACCUCAGGCAGGAGCCCACCCAUAGUUCUCUCUUCCCUGUGAAGACAUCCCCAGAUAGCAUUAGCCACCCUCGGGGGGAGGGGGAGAAUCCGGCUAUGGGGAAUCCACCUCGCCCAAGUCUCCUUUUAUUGAAAUAAAAUUUGAGGGGAAAAGAAAAACCUUACACGAGCACCGAAUUUCAAAUAAAUGAAAACGAGACAUGAA